UUUUGAUUACGUCAGCAGGAUUGGCCCAUUCAUAUUUUCAAACUGAUCAUUGAAGUGGCCGGGCUUUAGGACCACGCGGAGACGUGCAUUUGUGGUCGGGCGGACAGCUUCCCUGGGAGGACAGAAGCUGCUAAAGUGGCAUUUUCAGAGCGGGGUUUCCCGUCUGGGUCUGGAGCACAUGAAUCGGGCAUCUGAGCCGUGUCCUGCUGCUUUGGGAACACAUGUCUCUCCAGCCCUUGUCCCUAGUGAACUUUGUGACAGUAACCGUGAUCCUGCCUAGUCUGGGAGGGCUGAAUGAGGCGAGUCACCCUCUGCCGGAAAUCUCCCACGUCCUGAUCUCGGCUCCCUCUAUAUUAUGGUGCUGAUCUCCCUCCUCCAGUCACAUGAAACGAUCGCAAAGUUAUCUCACAGUCUGCACAAGAUGACAAGAAGACUUGGACGCAAUGGUUUGGCAGCAAGGCUGCAAAUACUUUAUGUUCUGAUCAACGUAACCGAUGCCUUCGUAGCAUCGACCGAUGAUUGCUGGGCCUGGGAUGUGCUCCCUUUUCUCCGGAAGGCAAAGGCAGGACCCAACAUGUCUAUCAUCUGCCUUUGCCCCUCAUACUCUGCAGGUAGCUCCUGCAUCCUGUUUACACUCAGCACCAUUAACUGGGCAAGGAAAUUACCUCAACACUCACUAAGACUCUGCAAAUACAUUUCAUCCCUGAUUUUGAAAGCUUUCAGAUCUUUAAAUGGCACGCUAUGACUUAAACUGGUACCUGCUCCAACAUGGAAGUCGUUCAGAGCAAACUGGUAAUACAUUGUCCAGUAAACUCUCAUCGCCUAGGCAACAAGGCCAUCUAAAGCAGCUGCAACAAUAUGAACAAAUAGUUCCUUACCUCCUGGAUGGAGAUCACCAGAAACAAUCUAGCAACCUGCAUGGAAAGAGUCACCCAAAAUGGGCUAAGUUCCUAAUUGAAGCCGAAGGCAAACAGUUGGUCAUCGAACUUGAAAGAAAUGAUGUGCUUUUUGCUGAAAACUACACAGAGACACACUACCUAUUGGAUGGCAGUGCUGUCAUAAACACACAGAAUCAUACGGGUCGCUGCUACUACCACGGUCACGUGCAAGGAUAUUCUCAAUCUAUUGUCAGCCUCAGCACUUGUUCUGGUCUCAGGGGAUUUGUUUCAUUUGAAAAUAAAAGUUAUAUAUUAGAACCCAUUGAAGGUGUCACCGAUAACACACACUUGAUCUACAGAGCGGAAAAUCUUAAAGGAAAUGUGGGUACCUGUGGACAUAACUUCAGAACAUCAUCUACAACUGUGGACACUGACACUGAGUCCUUACAGAGGUCUUCUACAAGGCACAAAAGAGACAUAUCGAAGACCACUAAAUAUGUGGAACUUGUUAUAGUAGCAGACAAUCGAGAGUUUCAGAAACAAGGGAAGGAUUUGGAAAAGACUAAACAGAGACUGAUAGAAAUUGGCAAUUUUGUGGAUAAGUUUUACAGAUCCUUGAAUAUACGAGUUGCCCUUGUUGGAGUUGAAGUUUGGACUGACAUGGAUAAAUGUUCAAUAACUGGAGACCCAUUCGCCACACUCAAUGAAUUUCUUGACUGGAGGAAAAUGAAACUACUGUCCCGUAAACCACAUGACAAUGCCCAACUCGUGAGUGGGGUAUACUUCCAAGGAACUACUAUUGGAAUGGCACCUAUAAUGAGUAUGUGCACAGCUGAGCAAUCAGGAGGGAUUGUUAUGGAUCAUUCAGACAAUCCUCUUGGAGCAGCAGUAACAAUGGCCCAUGAGCUGGGCCACAACUUUGGCAUGAAUCAUGAUACUCCUGAGCGUGGCUGUACCUGCAGGGCAACAUCAGAGAAAGGGGGCUGCAUUAUGACACCAUCCACAGGAUAUCCUUUUCCCACAGUAUUUAGCAGCUGUAGCAAGAAAGAUCUGGACAGUAGCCUGGAAAAGGGAGUUGGAAUGUGUCUCUUCAACAUGCCAGAAGUCAAAGAGCUCUAUGGUGGGCAGAAGUGUGGCAAUGGUUACGUGGAAGAAGGCGAGGAGUGUGACUGUGGUGAACUCGAAGAAUGUACCAACCCCUGCUGUAAUGCAAGUACCUGCACUCUGAAGCCUGAAGCAGUUUGUGCUCAUGGACUUUGCUGCAAAGAUUGCAAGCUGAAGCCACCAGGAACCCCUUGCAGAGAUUCCAGCAAUUCUUGUGAUCUGCCUGAAUUUUGCACUGGAACAAAUGCACAUUGUCCAGCUAAUGUGUAUCUGCACGAUGGGCAACCCUGUCAUAAGAAGGAUGGUUACUGUUACAAUGGGAUAUGUCAGACCCAUGAGCAACAGUGUAUUACUCUUUGGGGACCAGGUGCCAAACCUGCCCCUGGAAUCUGCUUUGAAAGAGUUAACUCAGCAGGUGACCCAUACGGUAAUUGUGGGAAGGACUCGACUGGUUUGUUUGCAAAGUGUGACAUCAGAGAUGCCCAAUGUGGAAAAAUACAAUGUCAGGGAGGAGCGAGCCGCCCUGUCAUUGGGACAAAUGCAGUCUCCAUUGAAACUAACAUCCCCUUGCAAGAAGGUGGAAAGAUCUUGUGCCGUGGCACACAUGUCUAUCUAGGGGAUGAUAUGCCUGAUCCAGGGCUUGUACUAACAGGCACCAAAUGUGGACAGGGGAAGAUUUGCCUAAAUCGACAGUGCCAGAACAUCAGUGUCUUUGGAGUGAUAGAAUGUGCUUCAAAAUGUCAUGGCCAAGGGGUUUGCAACAACAAUAAAAACUGCCACUGUGACCAUGAUUGGGCUCCUCCAUAUUGUGAUAAACCUGGUUUAGGAGGGAGUAUAGACAGUGGACCCAUGAGGCUUGAAGAAAGUAACAGCCUGUUUGUGGGCAUACUAGUUACAAUCUUGAGUCUUAUUGCUGCGGGGGUGAUAAUGUGUUUCAAACGGAAGACAUUGCUUCAGCUGCUCUUCUCACAUAAAAUAACAACAGUUGAAAAGUUAAGGACUGUAGGUCCAACUAGAUCUUCAACCCCAAGCCAAUCCAGUAGUACCUACACAACUCCCAUUAAAAGACAAGUCAACAUUUACAAGCAGACAGACAAUCUGCAGUCAACUAGCUCAUUUACAUCCCCUACUAUGCGAGAUCAAGGUGUGCGAGAACCACCUUGCUAUCAGCCGGUUCACAUUAGUAAUCCUCUGCCGAAUUCAGUCGCAAGAGCAAAUUUGCACUUUUCCCUGACACCUCAGCGGGUGCUGCCCCCACUGAACCACAGCACGGAGUCUAAUUCAGGAGUACCAAGCAGACCAUUGCCAGCUAAACCCUCCUUCAGAAAUCCACAGGGUCCCUCUAUCCGUAGUCCUCCACAGAAACCUCUGCCAGCAAAUCCCAUAAACAGGCCAUCACAACUGGAUGCUCCCUUCAUACAACAUCCUGAGAUCCAGAUCAAACCUGUCAGUCUUAUUUAUUUCAGACCAGCACCCAAGAAGCCUCAGCAGUACAGUAAAAUUAACCGACCAUGUUGACAUCGAAUGAUGAAAAGAAUUUACCUUCCAGCAACUGACCAAACACGUUUGCACUACAAGAGAAUUCUAAAUGGAGUUAGUCCUCUUAUUAACCAGCAUUGCAAGUAGGAAGUGUUCUUCUAUAUAUCCAUUUCUGUGCUAGCAUUUCUUGACUGGCAUGGGCAACAGAUAGCACGGUAUAGGUGACUGCCAAGCUAUUCCUUUUACCCUAACUAGAAGAGAAAUAUUCUUUAUCUGUAUAUAGUUGAGAGAUGCUGGUACCUCAGUCUUUUAUACAUUGGAAGUGGUCCUGUCAUCCUCCUAUGAUUAAUAUCUCAUGGUACCACAAAGAACCAUAGCAAUAUGCCGUAGUGGCUUCAUUGUACUACAUCACUGGGUUUUUUUUAAGUGUACCAUUUGCUUCCACACUAAAGAUGCAUUUUAUUCCAUUUUUAACUAAUAUGCCAUCAAAGCAAUGUAUUUAAACAGUAAACACACCAAAAUAUAUCAGUGCCUUCACUGUAUAAACAAGAUACCACGUGGACACAAUACCCUUGUGUACUAUGUCAUCAGAUCCAGUCAUUUUAUGGGUUGUAUGACAGAGGGCCAUGAAUGGCUCUUGUAAAAUCAAUCAAACUUUUGUAUGACUUAAGAAACCACAUGAUUAGGCAUUUUAAUUUAACAGAAGUGCUAAAUAUGUUAAUAGUGAUUGAUCAACUGUUUGAAAUGCGUUCUUAUACUGUAAAUAAGAGGUAAACUCACACCACUAAGGGUUGUGAUAAAAUUAGUUGGUGCUUAACAUAUUUUGUGUACUAUAAUAGAACUGAUAGAUGAAGGGAUUCUGAGCUCCUGUUUUUGGUGCUGUGGCUCCUUAUGGUGCUGUGUACUUGCUCAGGUACGUGUAAAUUAUUAAUUUAUGUUGAAUAUUUAUUACAAUGCAGUGCACUGUGGUAGACACUUUUACAGUAGCUGAAUUUUCUUAAAGGAAAAUUUCUCUGAGUGUCAUAAUUGUGAUCAUUUUCAGUGAAAAAAAAUUCUGCUUAAUUGCAACUAAGCAGAAUAAAUGUAUUGCUCUAAAGUUACUAGGGCACCAAUAAACACAAUGUGCUAUUAUUCUUAAACAGAAGGAAUUAGAAUAAAUCAAAUUGGGAUGAGGAAAUUCAGCACAGAUUGGAUUGAUUCACAGAAUUCAUCAAAAAUCAAAUCACUGCAUUGUUUCCUUUUCAGGUCAACCAUUUUGUAAAAUGAUUUUUAAAAAUUCCAGACUUGUUAUUAGUGUCUCUAGUUUAUUGAUUAAACUAUACUCACAUUUUUGUAGCAUUUACAUAUACUAGAAGGUCAGCUAGCCACUCAGAGCUCUUUUUUUUUAAAUGAAAUGUAUGUAACAUUCCAUUUAAGCUAGUUCAAGUUUGUUGUGCAUUUUAGGUUUUACAGGGAAACAAUUUCCACAUUUUGUUUUCCUCUGCUGUUGAUUCAAGGUUAUGCUUGUGAACUGUCCAUUAUUCACUAAACUUGGUGUUCAAAUAAUUCCCUUUGUGUCAGUACUUAUUUUGUGCAUCGUCAAGUUUUAAUUCUUUGAGAUUGCACUAAUAAGUUUAUAUCAAAAUAAAGAAGAGUUUGCAUUGAAUCAAUUAUCUUUGUGAAAUUAUAACAGUAUUAGCUAGAAAAGAGGAAAGUGAAAGAAGCUUUCCUUCCAUAUGUCUUACAUUCAUGAAAUAUACAUUAAUCGUUCUGGGUAACACAUAUAAUACUUUGAGGUCAGAAAUUGUAUUUAAAUUGCAUUUAGAAUUAUCUUCUGGCAAGCCACAGAAGCAAGCCAAGGAUAUUUCAUUUUUGAUUAAUGCAUAAAAACCUACUCAACCAACUGGAGUAGGAAGAUGUUGUUCAUAAAUCAACACUUUAAGGUUGUUCAAAUAACCUUAAAAAUCUAAUAGCAAAAUAAAAUUUUAAACCAACCUCAUGACAAUCCAUUGGAAUAGAGUUCAACUUUGAAGAAGCAAGCCAUUCUGUAUCAUUACUUAAAUGUAAUUACAAUCUUUAGUUUCAGCUACAUGAUGUAGCAUAAGGAGAUUUUCUGAUGCAAUGGGUAGUGCUCUUGCCUUUGUGCCAGAAUCUACGGAUUUAAGCCUCAAUCCCUGACUUGGAUGGUCAAAGGAAAUGCAUUCAUAAUAGGACCAAACAUGUACAGUAUCAUUCUGCAGUCCUUCCAGCACACUGUUGGCAGGCAGUAACAGUGGGAGAGAUUCCUGGUCAGCCAUGUGACAGAUAAAGAGUAAAUGCUUCCACCAUCAUCAUUCCUAGAUCCAGAUUGCAAUGAGCAUGUAAAAGUGAAUGUUGCCACAGUAACUAGGACACCUUAGGGGUGCUGGCGGUGGAUGUCUCAUUUGGCUGACAUUGACCAGAUUGAUUCCAACAGCAUGAGGUCCGAUACUUGUUUCAGCUGCAGAACCUACUUGUGGUGGAGAUAGCUACGUUGUCGGUCAAACCAGCCUUUAGGCAGAUAACGGAAGAAGUUUGAACAUCAGGAAGGUGUGGUUCUUUUAUGUCUCGAUAAAACAAAUCUUAACGCAAAUAAAACUCAGCCCUUUAUGGUCAGUAUACUGGGCCAUAAAUGGAAAAGGAUACUCCUUUACGUCUUCUGUGAAGUGAAUUCUAAAAUAAGGUUCAUGGCUGAUUGUAAAUCCUAUACAGAAUUGACUAAGAAGAAAAAUUGAAAAGCAAACUAUGAGUGCUAUUAUCUGAAAUAAAAUCAAAAUAGGGUGAAAGUGCACUUCAGAUUAAUCAAUGUAUUAAAACUGAGAGAAGAGACCUAUUCCAUACAUAUGUAUCAUUAAGAAAAAAUUGUUGUCACCAAAUCUAUCCAGUAUAAAAUACCAUAACCUGUUUGAAAUUGUGUUUUCAUUUAUAUCCACUUGUCUGUCAGCCAAUGAUUUGCUCUGCCCUUUGUUAAAUAAAAUUUUCUCUUAUCUUAUUUUCAAUUUCUUACUGAAAUCCAAGACCAACUUUAAUUUAAAAACACGAGCCUCAUAAAGGUCUUAACAAAACAUCUCAACUGUAAGAAGUGCCUUGGCUAAUAUGCUUAAAAGCACUGGUGAUCAAUGUUGGAGCACUAGUUGAAGGCUUGGUUAGAAGUACAUAUAUUCCAAACUAUGUUACAAGCCUUCUACCAACUGAUUCAGGCAGAAACAUAGCAGUCCCAUCAAAUGCUCAUGGACAACUGACGUAGCCCAGUCAGAACAGUAGAAAAGAAGGGCUUUGCAUCCUCACUAAAAAUACAGGGGAUUAUGACAAAAUAAUCAGAUACUUCAACAAUAAUAAUUUUUGCCAUAAGAUUUCAAGUUUGAAAAGCAGAAUUUAGUCAGUGAGUAAAACAGUGAUUGGGGUGAAAUACUCAUACAGAAGCAGAA